AUGCCUAGAAAAGUUUACGUAGUUGGUGUAGGUAUGACGAAAUUCGUCAAGCCUAAUAGUGGAAAAGAUUAUCCAGAUCUAGGCAAGGAGGCCGUGGAGGGUGCGCUCGCUGACGCUCGUAUUAAAUACGACGAUGUUCAACAAGCGGUUUGUGGUUACGUCUUCGGUGAUUCUACUUGUGGCCAACGAGUUUUAUACCAGAUCGGCAUGACCGGUAUUCCUAUAUACAAUGUAAAUAAUAACUGUUCCACUGGUUCAAAUGCACUGUUUCUCGCAAAACAACUCAUUGAAGGUGGUAUUUCUGAUAUUAUAUUAGCUGUUGGUUUUGAAAAAAUGACACCAGGUGCACUCGGGGGUGGUACAUUUACAGAUAGAGUAAAUCCUUUAGAUAAGCACACUCUUAAAAUGGCAGAUCUUGCGGAAUUAACUGGGGCCCCAUUGACAGCACAAUAUUUUGGUAAUGCUGGUAUGGAACACAUGAAAAAAUAUGGAACAACUGAAACUCAUUUGGCUAAGAUUGCUGCUAAAAAUCAUCGACAUGGUGCAAAAAAUCCAAGAGCACAAAAUUCUAGAGAGUAUACUGUAGAGGAAGUCUUAAACUCACGUAAAAUUUAUGGUCCUCUCACUAAGUUGGAAUGUUGUCCAACCAGUGACGGUGCUGCUGCAGCAGUCCUAAUGUCUGAGGAAGCGGUAAUCAAAUAUGGAUUACAGCACAAGGCAGUUGAAAUUAUUGGAAUGGAGAUGGCAACGGACACUCCAGCUGUGUUCACAGACAACAGUUUAAUAAAACUUGUAGGUGCAGACAUGACUGCAUUAGCAGCUAAAAGAAUUUAUCAAAAGACUGGAAUAUCACCAAUGCAAGUAGAUGUUGUAGAAUUACAUGACUGCUUUGCCUCUAAUGAAAUGAUAACUUAUGAAGGACUACAGCUUUGUGGCGAAGGUGAAGCUGGGAAGUUUAUAGAUGCAGGAGAUAACACUUAUGGUGGCCGAGUUGUUGUUAACCCAAGUGGUGGUUUAAUAGCUAAGGGCCAUCCAUUAGGGGCAACUGGUCUCGCUCAAUGUGCAGAGCUUGUGUGGCAACUGCGUGGUGAAGCUGGAGAUAGACAGGUACCUCGCGCGCGUAUCGCCUUACAACACAAUCUAGGUCUCGGUGGAGCUGUCGUCGUCACUAUGUAUCGUAAAGGAUUUACCAAUGCCUCGCCAAACCAAGUCGCCGCGAUCGCUGAAAACCCAGAUAACUUCAAAGUAUACAAAUACAUGAAAAUCCUCGAAGAAGCGAUGCAAACUGAUGAGGAUAAACUAAUUGAAAAGGUCAGAGGUAUUUAUGGGUUCAAAGUUAGGAAUGGUCCCAAUGGAGCAGAAGGUUAUUGGGUUAUUAACGCAAAAGAAGGAAAAGGCAACGUCCAAUACAAUGGGAAAGAUAAAUGUGACGUCACGUUCACGAUAAACGACGAAGAUGUCGUAGAUUUGAUUUCAGGCAAACUAAAUCCUCAAAAGGCCUUCUUCCAGGGCAAAAUUAAAAUUCAAGGAAAUAUGGGGCUCGCAAUGAAAUUGACAGAUUUACAGAAAUCUGCCGCUGGCAGAAUCGACGCUAUACGCUCGAAACUA